AUGUAUCUUCCUUCCCAGUGGUUCAUCAACUGUCAACGCGCUCUUGAGCGCGGUUGGGGUUGGCCUCGGCUGGCCAUGUGUCUCGCUUCCAGCCAACCCUCCACUUCUUUAUUGUUCCUACCAAUUGUUAUAAGUUGAAAUGUGCACCUCUCGAAAACGAAUUUUAAAGCAUGCGAUUUUUAAGAAAAUCUUCGCAAUAAAUUCUUUUCGAAAUUUCUGGUUUUUUUUUCUGCAAGUGUUCUAAUUUUAAUCGUGGUGAAGUGUGCUUUUGAAGACUGAAAGGGUUUCAAAAAUUCUCAAAUGAGGCUUUUGAUUUCGGAGAUAACAUUCACGCAUUAUUGAGAAAGAUUGCGGCGGACGAGGACGCAAGGUCAUGCGGGAAUGUUGGAUAUUAUGGUCUGCACAUAGGACUUGGCUUCUGUCGAUCCCUGGUUUUCUUCUAUAUUACUAUCCAUCUUGGCUGCCAUCGUCUCGUUAACAGGGCGUAUCCCAUGUUUGAUGGCAAACGUGCGGCUACCAAACGCAAGAACCGGUCGGCCAGAACCACAAAAGCACCACUGGCCAAUUUGUGUUUCCUGGGGAAAUUGAUACCGAUACGUCUUCUUUUCCUAGGUUUCGCUUCUCUUUCGUUUGCCUGUAUGACGCUAGCUAGGAAUGAACUUCCAUUUUUCACGCUCUCUUUUUUCAUCAAUAUUAACUCCGAAUAUGUAUCUCUUCUUUUCCUUUUUUUUUUUUGAAAAAGGUACAUCUCUGUCUGAAUUCAUUGCAGGAUAGUGGAAAAUAGCCGCUAUUGUUAGACAUCCCUUUGGCCAGGAGCGUGUCCGUAACACUUGCCAGCGCCUCGUUUCAACUUGUCACAGCGCAAGUGAUCCACUUGGAUCACGCCGCUUCUUGCGCAAUUCGCUUUUCCGCACAUAUUGUUGGCCGGAUAAAGAGACGAGAGCGAUUUCAUGGAACUCGUUGCCACUCUUUACAGUUAGCAUUCCCCGCAGCUAGUGUUUUUCAAGGCGAUGCUUAAUGCGUUUUUUCGGGUUCACAGGUUGUCAUUCUCCUUAAUUGUUGUGGAAUUCUAAAUAUUUGACUGAUUCAAAUCACGCUUCUCCCAAAAAACGGACGGCAAAACGGUUACUAAAGUAGUUCGACAUGAAAGGCUUAAAUUCACUUCUGUGAUCUUGUCAACUUCUUAAAAUAGUUUGAUGGUAAAUGAAGUUGAGAAAAUGAUCCAUAUAGCAGAGGAGAUUUGCUAGUUGAGCUUAUUUUUUUCACAACAAUGUCCAACUUUAUCAUCCUAGCACUUCGAAAUAGACUUUUUUCUCAUCAUUUUGCAGAGAGUAUCGGUCUUGCUUAUUGCAACUCAGUCACUUUGAAUAAACCAAAUCAUUUGUUCUCUGGAGACAUCAACAUGACCAAAUAUAAAGAAUUGGAAGCUUGAUCUUCGCUGCCCAAACAAGCAAGUUUUAUUACAACAAUAGAAGAAGAUAAUAUCAUCUCAUCAAUGUGACAAAUUGAUCAAUCUUAAAGUAAUGAGAUGAGACGUUUGAAAAACGAUUAGUCGAAUUCGUUCAUCAAUUUUCUAGAAUAUGAAACUAAAGCUGAUAGGAGAAAAAGAAAAGUGAAAUCUCAAAAAUAACGGUGAAAAUUCGAAUUCCCAAUCAAUAUUAUUUAUUUUCAAACCUUCUUCCUGUCUUUCUAAAUCGGACAUUUCAAUGAGAAUCAAAAUCCGGCGUUGUUUUAUCAGUGAAGCACUUGUCAAGCUGAGGAAUUCCUUUAUUUCCUUUAGAUUUUCCUUUAGACGAUUCUGUAGACAACUCCAAAUCAGUUUUAUUCUUUACCCGAUCUCGCCAAUGUUUUGAACUCGUUGUCUAUUGGUUUCCUCCAUUGUGUUAUUCUUUUCGAAAUGUAUAUCUCUUCAUAUAUACAUUAACGAUUUCCACAAAUACUUCUUGGAAGUUCAUUUUUUUCACGUGAAUGUAGCUGCAGCUUUUUCAAUCAACAAUGUGAAUCGUAAAUAGAUUUGAAUCUAAAAAUCUUGAAGCUUUUUCACUGAUACUCCCAGCUUUCAAGCAUACCGCCUCAGGAUCUGUUUUUGUUUUCAUUAGGAAAACUUUUCUUGAAAUUUUCGAGAAUUCUUUUUUUUUUCCUGCCAAUGGAUGGGAUCUUUUCUCGGAACUUUAAAAAAAAUAAUGGCUUCUCUUUUCUCUCGGAUAGACCUGUAUGCCACAAAUUGUGAAGACGUGCGACGGCUCUGUUGGAACGUUGGCAGCGACGUCAUCCAUCGCUUGAUCCGUUGGCAAACAAGAAAAAACGUGGACGCAAAAAACCAGUGGUGCGGAAGGAACUGGGGGUCGCCGUGAAGCUGAUAUGCUGAUGAUUUCUUUGGCCUUAUCCGAUAUUCCAGUACUUGGUGUUGCGCAACCGACGGAGGCGUGGCGGUCGCGGAUGGCAGACGGGCGUGGCUUCUCCUUCCGAAGUUGCCUCCGCUACCAACUUCUUUUUCUGCCCCUUGCUGA